UGCAAAUCUGUACAUUAAAUGCAUUUUGCUAUAACAAAUUCUCAGAUUUAGGAAGUCUCUAUCCACAAAUGACCCAACAUCCGUCAGUCCUUGUAAUUCUCGCGAUAGGAAUUGUCGAAGGGCUGCCGAUUUAAACUGCGCAGUUAGGAGCAGAGGCUUACUGCGUUUCAUUCAAAAGAAUCAAAGAAUGGCUGAUAUUAUUCCUGAAUCAGAAGAUAAACAAGAGGAGACCCCCACGACAUAUGAGGCAGAAAAUGAACCGCUGCAGGAAAACACAAACGGCGAGAAAAUGCCCAGCGAGUCAGAUGAAGUCCCUAAAGAAAAGUCGGAGCUGAAGGAGAAGGCGUCGGGUGGUAACAGGAGAGCGAACCGAUUUUACCCCUACUCCAAAGACAAGCUUGCUGGCGACAAGAAGGGCACCCACCGAAACCGAGUGUUCAUCAGUAAUAUCCCGUACGACAUGAAGUGGCAGGCCAUCAAAGACCUCAUGAGAGAGAAAGUUGGUGAGGUUACAUACGUGGAGCUCUUUAAGGAUGCGGAAGGAAAGUCAAGGGGUUGUGGUGUUGUAGAAUUCAAAGAUGAAGAAUUUGUAAAGAAAGCAAUGGAAGUCAUGAGCAAGCAUGAUCUGAACGGCAGGCCGCUUAACAUUAAGGAGGACCCCGAUGGCGAGCAUGCACGGAGGAUCCUGCAGCGUGCAGGUGGGUUGUACCCAGGAGGGCGUGGCCAGGAUGGUGGCCCAGGCGGAGUGAACCUGCCUCCAUCCAUUGCCAACAAUCCCAACAUCCCUCCAGAGGUUAUCAGCUCCCUGCAGGCUGGAAGGCUGGGCUCCACUGUGUUUGUGGCCAAUCUUGAUUUCAAAGUGGGCUGGAAGAAGCUGAAGGAAGUCUUCUGCAUGGCAGGGACAGUCAAGAGGGCUGACAUUAAGGAGGACAAAGAUGGAAAGAGCCGUGGGAUGGGGACAGUCACAUUUGAGCAGGGCCUGGAGGCCGUGCAGGCCAUCUCGAUGUUCAAUGGUCAGAUGCUGUUUGACAGACCCAUGCAUGUAAAGAUGGAUGACAAGUCCAUACCCCUGGAUGAUUUCCGCCCAGCUGAGAAGGUGCCCCAGUUGCCAAGGGGUCUUGGUGGUGUGGGCAUGGGCCUGGGGCCGGGAGGGCAGCCAAUCAAUGCGAACCGGCUGAGUGGGGGCAGAGGCAUGGGCUCUGGAGGGAUGGAUGGACCAGGAUUUGGUGGGAUGGGCCGAAUGCGAGGAAUGGGAGGUGGUGGGUUCAGUGGCAUGGGUGGCUUUGGAGGAAGAGACAUGGCACCCGUGGGCAGGAUGGGAGGGAUGGAUGAUUUCAGAGGGAACCCUGGUGGUGGUCUGGGUGGAAUGGCAAUGGGUGGCAACAUGGGAGACAUGUAUCGUGCUGGAAUGGGUGGAAUAGACCGCGACUUUGGCAGAAAUGACAUGCCCAUAAACCGGGGCUUUGGGGACUCGUUUGGAGGGAUGGGAGCUAUGGGAGGAUUUGGAGGAAUGAGUAAUGCUGGCAUGGGCCUCAAAGGAACCAGAUUAGGUGGAGGAAUGGGAAACAUGGGCAUGGACCGGAUGGGCUCUGGGUUUGACCGAAUAAGUGGAACACUGGAUAUGAACCGUGGAUUUGGGGGCUUUGGGGGUGGACUCGGGCCAAUGGGGGCGCUAAUGUCAGACAGAGGAGCAGGAGCCAAGGGAGGUUGCCAGAUCUUUGUUAGAAAUCUCUCAUUUGACCUCACUUGGCAGAAAUUGAAGGAGAAAUUCAGUCACUGCGGUCAGGUGAUAUUUGCGGAAAUCAAGAUGGAGAAUGGAAAAUCAAAAGGGUGCGGGUCAGUCAGAUUUGACUCCCCUGAGAGUGCUGAGCAGGCCUGUCGGCUGAUGAAUGGCACCAAAAUAAAUGGGCGGGAGGUGGACGUCCGCAUCGACCGAAACGCCUAGCGCCUAGCGCCCCCAUGGUGCCCAUUCUCUCCCUUUCACUUUUGAAAACAGCUCUCUCCCCCUAACCCCCCUGAAAAGUUUCCACCAUCGUAUCACAAAGAUAAUAAGAUAAUGAUAAUCACCAGCCUCUGCUACUGGAUGUUUAUAGAUUUUGUUUAU